AUGCCGCGGGCAGGGACGGGGGAGCGGAGCGGAGAGGGGGAAGUGCGGGAAACUCGGGAGCAGGAGCAACUUGGGUUUAGGACUGGAGGAGAAAGGAUUAUUUUUUCCUUUGGCUGUGUCACUCCCGGGAACCCGCGCUUUUGUCCUCUGUUGAAAGACCUGUAUUCAGAACUUCGUUUUGACUCUCCAGCAAUAUUGAGCACAUUGAAGAAUCCUGGGGGAGUAGUGAGAAGGUACAAUGGUGCUUUACCUAAUGGAGACAGAGGCCGUAGGAAAAGCAGAUUUGCUCUCUAUAAACGACCCAAGGCUAAUGGAGUCAAACCCAGCACCGUCCACGUGAUAUCCACACCACAGGCAUCCAAGAAAUCAAUCAAGGACCUGGAGGACCUUACAAAAGCUAUCAGCUGCAAAGGUCAACACAGUAUAUCAUAUACUCUGUCAAGGAAUCAGACUGUGGUGGUGGAGUAUACACAUGAUAAAGAUACAGAUAUGUUUCAGGUGGGCAGAUCAACCGAGAGCCCUAUUGACUUCGUCGUCACAGACACGGUUUCUGGCGGUCAGAACAGUGACGAAGCCCAGAUUACACAGAGCACCAUAUCCAGGUUUGCCUGCAGGAUCGUCUGUGACAGGAACGAGCCUUAUACAGCACGGAUAUUUGCAGCCGGAUUUGACUCUUCCAAAAACAUAUUUCUUGGAGAAAAGGCAGCAAAAUGGAAAAACCCCGAUGGCCACAUGGAUGGGCUCACUACAAACGGGGUCCUGGUGAUGCACCCCAGAGGGGGUUUCACUGAGGAGUCCCAGCCCGGGGUCUGGCGUGAGAUCUCCGUCUGUGGAGAUGUGUACACCUUGCGAGAAACCAGGUCGGCCCAGCAGAGAGGAAAGCUGGUGGAAAGUGAGACCAAUGUGCUGCAGGAUGGCUCCCUUAUUGACCUGUGCGGGGCCACUCUUCUCUGGAGAACUGCGGACGGCCUUUUCCAUGCCCCAACUCAGAAACACAUAGAAGCCCUGCGCCAGGAGAUCAACGCGGCCCGGCCACAGUGCCCUGUGGGGCUCAACACCCUGGCCUUCCCCAGCAUCAACAGGAAGGAAGUGGUGGAGGAGAAGCAGCCCUGGGCCUACCUCAGCUGUGGCCAUGUGCAUGGGUACCACAACUGGGGCCAUCGCAGCGACACGGAGGCCAACGAGAGGGAGUGUCCCAUGUGCAGGACUGUGGGCCCGUACGUGCCGCUCUGGCUCGGCUGUGAGGCCGGGUUUUACGUAGACGCAGGACCGCCAACACACGCCUUCACCCCGUGUGGACACGUGUGCUCAGAGAAGUCUGCAAAAUACUGGUCUCAGAUCCCGCUGCCUCAUGGAACUCACGCGUUUCAUGCUGCCUGCCCUUUCUGUGCCACGCAGCUGGCUGGGGAACAGAACUGCAUCAAAUUAAUUUUCCAGGGUCCUGUUGACUGAUGCCCUUGACUUGACAGCCAUGUACAACUUUAUUAACACAUUACUGUGAAGAUUUUUGCCACUAACUCUCGAUUUUACCUUUUUAUAAUGCUGUUUAUUGGGGGGGGGGACCCUGAGGCUGGGAGGAAAGAGGGAGCACCCUGAGGCUGGGAGGAAAGAGGGAGCAUAGUGAUGAAACAUGCUAGGAGUUGAACAGAUACCAAUGGUGUGUUGCAUGCUCCAGACAGUAGCAGCAGCAUCGAAGUCUGCCUGAUAACCACGUUAUCUUUGUGAUGAUUGGAUUUCAAACGCCAUGCUUUUAUUUUAACCUUGGGUUUUUAAACAAGUUUUGUUUUGUUUUUUUCCUUUGUAGCCUUGGGCACAACUUUAAAUCAUAUUUUACAAAUGAAGAAAUUUAUUCUAAAGUUGUUGGCUCAUAAUAUGCCACGAUCCAUGCUGCAGGGUGUAGGUGUUACCUGAGAGAUGUGUGACAUCUGGAAAUACUUGAUACAACAGGCUAGAAUCUGACCAGAUACCAAAGGGCGGCUUUGUAAAAUGUUAUUGGUGGACCAGAGACCUUAGGCACAGGUGGUGGUUUUGAAAUCUGGGCCUUUUUUCUGAUUUAUUUUUCUUUUGGGAGAAAAUAUUCAUAUGUUCUGUUUUCUUUUUAUUAACUUUGGUGGAAUUUAAUUAUCUUACACACACAUUCACCAAAUACCUUGGCAUUUCAAACAAAGAAUUUUCAGUAACUUUUUAGUCUGCCUUUUGUUAUUUUUGUCUAGUAUAUUUUGUCCUUGAUAUUCAUCAAACAUGGCCAGAACUGUGCAGCUGAUUAAAAUGUAGCAACUUUAAAAACA